ACAAAAGUUUUUCGCGUUCUUUCUACUUCCGACUGUCACUUUGAGUGUUUGUCGCACGUGAAUUUUUUCCGAAAAAAUCACAAAUUUAUUAAGAAAAUAUGGAUAAACCAGUCGUUUGGGCACGUGUUAUUAAAGUUUUGGGCCGUACCGGUUCCCAGGGUCAAGCUACACAAGUGAAAGUUGAAUUCCUUGGUGAGCAAAAUCGUCAAAUCAUCCGCAACGUCAAGGGACCAGUUCGUGAAGGUGAUAUUCUAACCCUGCUUGAAUCAGAACGUGAAGCAAGAAGACUUCGCUAAUGUAGAUGUACGGUGUCGUUUUAAUAGAUUUUUUAUUUAAUAAUCGACAGUUACAACAAAUAAAUUCAAC